CUUCUCUCUCUCACACUCUCAACAUAAAAAAUAAAAAUGCAUUCUUGAAUUCAAUGAAAUCUCACACACUUCACAUCUCAAAUCACUAGGGUUUAAUCGUUGAUUAUUCGCAUUCAUAAUUCACCCACUAUGUUAACGCUUGAUCUCGUCUGAUUUACGUUUAUCAAAUUCAAUUAAUCGCCUCCGUGAUCUUCAAUCCACAUUUCUUCAGCUCAAACUUUCAGAAUUUCCGCCAUUUUCAAAUCCCCCUUCACGUGAGUUUCACUUCUGCCGUGUCAGCUGAUUGAUCACCAUGGCGGCGCCGCGGAGUGUGGUGGUGGAAGCGGGCAGCUGGGUGUUGGAUAGGGACGAGGAGAAGAAUUCCGACUCGCCGUCGGAGAAGAAGUUGAAAGCGGAUAGAUUUCCUCUGUCGCGGUGGGAGUUCGCGGUGGCGCUGGGGGUGUUUUUGGUAUUAUCUACUGGAUUGAUGUGCAUCUACCUCACGAUGCCGGCGGCGGAGUAUGAGCUGCUGAAGCUGCCACGUACGCUCUCCGAUCUCCGAUCGCUCAAGGAUCAUCUUGCAAUUUAUGCUCAAUCACACCCAGCAAAGUUCAUCCUUGGUUACUGUUCGACAUACAUAUUCAUGCAGACAUUCAUGAUUCCUGGGACGAUUUUCAUGUCAUUACUAGCUGGAGCACUUUUUGGUGUCGUGAGAGGUCUUUUCUUGGUCGUAUUCAAUGCCACAGCAGGUGCAUCAUCAUGCUAUUUUUUAUCCAAACUGAUUGGCAGGCCUAUUGUCAACUGGUUGUGGCCUGAAAAGCUGAGAUAUUUCCAGUCCGAGAUAGCGAAGCGGAGAGAGAAGCUGCUGAAUUACAUGCUCUUUCUGAGAGUUACUCCGUCAUUGCCGAACCUCUUCAUCAAUCUGGCAUCACCAAUCGUGGAUAUACCAUUCCAUAUUUUCUUUCUGGCAACUCUUGUUGGUCUCGUCCCGGCUUCCUACAUUACUGUCCGAGCUGGGAUUGCUCUUGGUGAACUUAAAUCAGUGAAAGACCUCUAUGAUCUUAAGACGUUUGUCAUGCUUUUCCUCAUUGGGUCGAUUUUAUUACUUCCGGCCAUUUUGAAGAGGAAGAGGGUGUACGAGUGAAGCUCUUGCUUACAAUUACUCUGACCCUCGCGGAGAAGGAGAGAGUGCCUGUAUCCUUGCUUACAGUUACUCUGACCCUCGCGGAGAAGGAGAGAGUGCCCGUAUCCUGGUUUUCUACCUUGACUGAGGUACGAGAUAGGUGAAAAAUCGACGUGCAUUGGAAGUUUGGAACUACAACUCGUACCCUCUGCUUUAGUCUCCUGACACAUCUAACAGAUCCCUUCACCUUGGUUUAUUUGGGUCUGUCUUGUUGCAAGAUAUGUUGAAUUUGUACUCAUAUAUAUCAUACAUCAAAAUCUUGAAUCUGUUAUAGUAGAUUUUAAAUUUUGCUUGGUA